GAAGUGGACCACCUAAAAAUAGUGAACGUGUCCAGGAUGUGGUAUUAUCAGUCGAAACUGCUAGUACCCAGCAGUGAAAACAUAGCCAUUCAGACGCCUUGGCUGGCUCCCAUCGUGUGGGACGGGACUUUCCAUAUUAAAAUCCUGAACCAGCAAUUCCGGCUCCAGAAUGUCUCCAUUGGGUUAGUCGUGUUUGCCACCGGAGAAUAUGUAGCCUUCCUAAAAGUGUUCCUGCAGACCGCGGAGAUGUACUUCAUGGAGGGACACAGGGUGAAGUACUACAUUUUCACUGAUCAGCCAGCUAGCGUGCCACUCCUGAAGACCUCUAAGGGGAGGCAGAUGAUAAUUCUGGAAGCCCAGGCUUCUGCGCAUCCCCUGAACACCUACAUCUACAGGAUGGAGGUGAUCAGCCAUUUUUCCCAGCAGCGCUUUGCGAAGGAGGUGGAUUACCUGGUCUGUGCUCACGUGAACAUGGUUUUCUGCAACAGCGUUGGCGUGGAGAUCCUGUCGUCCUUGUUUGGCACACUGCACCCUCUGUUCUUCGGAUUGCCAAGACAAAUGUUGGCCUAUGAAAGGCAACCUCAGUCACAAGCCUACAUUUCUGAGGACGAGGGAGAUUUUUACUACUCAGGAGCCUUCUUUGGGGGAAAGGUACUGGAAGUUUACAGGCUCACCAAGCUGUGUUACCAGGCGAUGAUGCUGGACCAAGCCGCUCACAUCCAGGUCAUGCGGUCCGAUGAAAGCUAUCUGAACAAGUAUCUCCUUUACAACAAACCCACCAAGGUCCUCUCUCCUGAGUACAUGUGGAAUAAGGAACUUCUGAACAGACAACGUUUUCAAGAAGAGUUGAUAAACAGGGAAAUGUUUGUAAGAAUCAGCAAAUAUCCCUGGACUUACACUCACCAAGACUUUCAGGGAGAUCCUGAACAGGGUCAGUGA